UAACCCAUAUGUAGCCUAUUCAUACGUUUCAUAUAGAGGCUGUUAUUAUUAUUUGUGAAUUAAUUGUUGCAUGUUGUUCAUUGGGGUCAAUCGGUAAGGACUAGGAUAUCUGCAGCAUAAUGCCACUUUAUGUGCAUAGUAGGGCCUAUAUUCUCUAUAAUCUUUUGAAAUUAUUAAUUAGGCUAUAUUUUAGAAUAGGCUAAGUGCGCAGUAUACAUUAUAUGGGCCACCGGUAUUCCGUACUAUAGCGAAUACGAGAAAACACGAAAAAAUACGAGACAUAUCACUUUUUAAUAUUGGAAAUUGUUGCUGUUUGUAAACAUUUCUGAAAACCCAUUAUGUGUCUCAGUGAUUAACCUGUGCAUUAAUUUGUAUUCAUAAGGUUUCUUAUUUAUCUUAUCUUAGGUGUUCUUUGCGAUAGUGUAUCCAAUGCAUUUUCUUUGGCAUUCGUGCCUUGUCUUUAUGGGGCAAUGAAAAAUUAAACAAAUUCUUGAGUAAAACCAUUCUUACUGGAUUUGGCUUAAGUUAUGUAUGAUUUAAUUCUUAGGCUAGAUAUUAAAUACAACCGAAGUGUCCUAGACAAAUCGUCCUAUUGCCCAGUAAUUGAAUUUACUCGAAAUAUGUGCGCGCUUGAAUAAACUGCAAUGAAGUAACUGCGUUUUUAGUCAUCGCUUAACAGCAGCAUGCACAUUAUGCCAUUAAAUCACACCACUUAAAACGCGAUUCUAACUUUUUAGGUCAACCAUAAAGAUAGCAGUAUAUACUAUAUACAUGAUUAGUAACUUAAGCUAAUGCUGUCACAUUAAAACAGCACGUAGCCUAGGUGUCAUAUCUGCGGGUAAGUUAGGCCAAAUUAAACAUUAAUAAUAAUACUAAUACUAAUACUAAUAAUAAUAAUAAUAAUAAUAAUAACAAUAAUGACCUCUUCAGAUCCUUUUGGAGGUGAGGCAAUAUUACUCGUGUUUUCGGCAUGAGGUGGAUCGUUUCUUUCUCCAUCAAAAAAAUACUAGGUCAAUAAAUGACGGCAGCACACCGUAGCUAUACGUGUCUCUUUUUCCAGAUAGGAUGGUUCACCCGUCGCUCUCUGGCGUGGCUCCCAAUAGGAGAUUUGUACGGUAGAAAAUGGGAGGCGUGCUUAUGCCCGUGGGUACGCACAUGGGUGCAUAUUAAAGAGGUAAGGGAAGAGGUGUGAAGUGUAGCGGUUGCUAGUGUUGAAACCGUUAAGUGUGUAUUGGAGGUACAACGAAUGAUUGCGCACGCUGCACUAGAUUCGAACGCUUCUGUUUGAAGAAUAAGCUACUAAUCACGGAAUAUCAACGUUUCAACCAAGAAUUGCACGUGGGACACGUUCAAGGUCUUCCGCUUAAAGUAAUGGACUACACAUACGAUGACGAUUUGGAAGAGCUGUGUCCAGUUUGUGGGGAUAAAGUUUCUGGGUACCACUAUGGACUACUGACCUGUGAGAGUUGUAAGGGCUUUUUCAAGAGAACCGUUCAGAAUAAUAAGAGAUACACAUGCGCAGAAAACCAGGACUGUAAAAUUGACAAAACUCAAAGGAAAAGAUGUCCCUUUUGUCGAUUUCAGAAAUGUCUCAGUGUUGGAAUGAGACUAGAAGCGGUCCGCGCUGACCGCAUGAGAGGGGGCAGGAAUAAAUUUGGCCCCAUGUACAAGCGCGACCGAGCGCUGAAGCAGCAGAAGAAGGCUUUGAUACGGGCCAACGGCUUCAAGCUGGAGGCCACCCCUCCGCUGGUGUCCCCACCUCAGACUGACUAUGGUUUCACGGGCGGCCUCCAGGGGCUCCACCCCGGCUCAAAGGGCAUUCUGCCGUCCACCCCUGCCUCCAUCACCCCCACAGACUACGAGCGCAGCCCCUACGGACCCCCGUCGCUCGGCUUGACCGUGCAGAGCCACGGCCCGCUGGCCGGCCAGUACCAGUACGCCCCUUUCCCCAGCCGGGCCAUCAAGUCCGAGUACCCCGACCACUACACAAGCUCGCCCGAGUCGCUGGCGGGGUACCCGUACCCGGACGCCUACCUGCAGGGGUCCCCGCAGCCCCCCAGUGUGCCUCAGCUGGUGCUGGAGUUCCUUCGAUGCGACCCGGACGAGCUGCAGGUGCAGAACAAGAUCCUGGCGUACCUGCAGCAGGAGCAGAGCAGCCGUGCCAAGCACGAGAAACUCAACACUUUUGGCCUCAUGUGCCGCAUGGCCGACCAGACGCUGUUCUCCAUCGUGGAGUGGGCCCGGAGCUGCAUCUUCUUCAAAGAGCUCAAGGUGGGAGACCAGAUGAAGCUCCUGCAUAACUGCUGGAGUGAGCUGCUUGUGCUGGAUCACAUCUUCAGACAGGUGCAGCACGGCAAGGACGGCAGUCUGCUCCUGGUCACCGGGCAGGAAAUCGAGAUAGCGUCCAUCACAGCCCAAGCUGGAGCCACUCUGAGCAACCUGGUCCUGAGAGGGCAAGAGCUGGUAGGGAAGCUGCAGUCCCUGCAGGUGGACAGAAGGGAGAUUGCCUGCUUCAAAUUCCUCAUCCUUUUUAACCCAGACGUGAAGCUGCUGGAGAACCAGCAGUUUGUGGAGAGCGUGCAGGAGCAGGUGAACGCCGCCCUGCUGGAGUACACGCUGUGCAGCUACCCGCAGUUCCUGGACAAGUUCGGCCAGCUGCUGCUUCGGCUGCCCGAGCUGCGCAGCCUGAGCUCGCAGGCGGAGGAUUACCUGUGCUACAAGCACCUGAGCGGGGAGGUGCCCUGCAACAACCUCCUCAUCGAGAUGCUGCACGCCAAGAGGGCCUGCGGGUGAGCGCCGGGGAUCCGCCCCCCUCAGCACCGCCCACCCCUCCACACCCCUCCACACCCCGCAACCCCCCACCCCACCCGAGAGAGAACCACGUACUGAGCCAGGGAGGGACGUGCAGACAGAGGCUCUGACACCUUUAUUUACUCCUCUGUAGUUUCAUGUUUUUCUUUGUUUGUUUUCUUUUAUUAAUAAAUGUAUAAAGUAUUGACAUGUACAAAGUAAACUAAUAUCAUAUGCUCCAGAUACAUUUAUCCCUUUUUAAAACUCGAACAGAGUAUAGGUCAGUUUCUCUCUCUCUUCACUCUGGAUAUCAUUUUUGCUUCUAUGGACUAUUCAAAUUUCAGUUUCCCUUCUGAGUACAUUCAAUUCCCAAGUUCUGAAUUGGGAUUGAAACUUUGGCCUUUGGAAAUUUUUGCACUUGACCCCAGCUCUGAUGUGACAUGUAUUUCAACCAGUUGUCAUUUUUAAUGCAGUGUUUCAAAAUGAGUGCGUUGUGUCACGUUUGACUGUUAACAGUUGAGUCAGACUCACAUGUUAUUCGUACUGUAUGUUAUUUGUGUGAGAUUUGUGAAGUCUUAUCCAAUCUAUUUCACUUUAGGGACUUUAUAACAGAAACCUAACCCAAAUUGUUUUCAGAGAAACAGAGAUGUUUAAAUGUUUUCAUUUAAUCCUUUGUAUAAAUGAAUUCAGUCUUACUUUUCCAACCUUCAUACUUUUUACAAAAACUUUGCCUCUGAAUCAUAGAGGAAUCUUUAUCAAGCAAGAGACACAUCUAGACAUCAAAAUUUAUAUAACUACAAAUAAUUGAGAUAAAGUUUGAGCUCAGAUAAUCAAAUCAAAUCCAGCUCAGUUCCUAGAAAGUAAAAAUUACAAAAAAAAACAACAAAAAAACACUGAAGAUUUCCUUAGUGUAUUUUAGGAAGAUGUGUAAUUAACAAUGACAGGUCAUAGAUUGUACUUUUGUUCAAAUGUUGUAUUUAUAGGAAAUAAAAGAAAAUUAGAUGUGAGCUCCAUUUUGAAAAGGUACGGAUCAAGUAUCCAAGCAAUGUUGGAUAUUUUUUCAUACCUUGUUGAUGUAUACAUUUUUGAAAUGUAAGUCUAAACGGUAAGCUAAAGAGAAAAGUCAAAGACUAUGCAAAGUUGCAGUUUGUCACAAAGCCUCACCAUUGCAUUCUUAAGUUAACCAUAGCCCUUCUGAUGGUGUACAUAAGUCAUUCUGUUUAGCAUUGAACAGAUAGCGAAUAAGAAUGACAAACUUUUGACCGAAAAUGCAUUUUUAAUUUAAUUGAAAAUGAAUCAUCCUCUCUGAAUGGGCAUUCAAAGCUAGCAUCUGAAAAACCCCUCAGAUUUCAGUUCUAAAAUAUCAUGGUGAUAAAGGGCAGUUUCCUUCUCACUAUUCCCAGCAAGGCUCUGUCCAGUCAUGGAAGUGUAUGGCAAAUUAUACCUUUAACUUUGUGAUCGUUUCUGUUAAUCAAAGUCAAAAAGAACCAGGAAAAUUUAUCUUCAUGGAAAAUAGAAAUGACUGUGAUCCUGAUCAGCUGGUUACAGUAUGUGCAAUCCACCUCACAUUUUCACAGGAAUAACAGGAUACCACCGUGGGGAUGUCAGUGGUGAAGGAGAGGGUAAAGGCAGGAGUUCAGAGAUAGUGAGAAUGAAAGAGAAAGAGAGAAUAAGAGAGAGAGGGGGAGAGAGAGAGAUAGAGCAGCUUUUCUUAGGCAUUCAGUGCUUGGAUAUGUGGGGGAGAGAAGCAGGAAGCCAUCUUUGGCAGCAACAUUUCUCCGGCCAGACGGAGAGUGUAGGAGAGGCUUGAGCACAGAGAGACAUCGCAGACCCACGGCAACCCUGAUCCCCUCCCAUGUGUGGACAGGAAAAGAAGAAGAAAAACACAAGUCGGCCGUUUAACUUUGAAUAGGUCUCAUUUACUGUACAGGAGUAUGGAUCCUGGUCUGUCACCGAGGAUCAGGGAAAGGUUGAGGAAUUGAGUGCUCCUGCUUAGAUCCUUUUAUAGCCAGGCAACAAAUGAGAAGAAAAAGCCGUGUGUUGCACAUAUAAUUUGGUCACAUUAAUCGCGCAUUUUCAAUGGUGUACUUGUAGCUAGGGAGAAAGGGGAUUUUGUAAUAAAUAUUUGACAAUCAGACCGAUUUUUUUCUACUAAAUUCUUUUGUUGAAAUGCCACUAUAUGGGCAAACGCUAAAGAAGGAGGUGGAAAAGACAUGAUACAAAUCUUGUGCAGUCCUAUACUUGAAUAAGGAUAAAUGAAAUAUAUUCUAGAUUGAUUUUUACACUGAAGGAUUCAAUUAAAUGCUGUCCUUACAGCACAAAAGUCCCUCUCACUGUGCAGACAAUGGUGGGUCAUGAAGAAUAACCUUUUUUUUUAGUGAAGAAAUACAGAAUAGGUCUAAAAUAAUAACCAACUCAAACUCAACAGCCAUGUACAGAAGGCACAGAACAAGGGAAAGAGGAUGCACUGCAGAGCAGGAGAGGGGAUUUAAAAUGAAAGGAACAUGAAACGCCACGCCUACGUGUGAGGCGCACACACGCACGCGCGCACACACACACACACACACACACACACUCGCUCGCGCACACGCAAGGGACAAUGACGCACGCUCUCUCAGCCCAUGAAAAAUGUACACACAAAUACGAUUGUGCGUAGAGAGAGCAUCACUGUACACAAAUACGUCGCUGAUGAAUUUUAAAGUGGGAUUAAAAGGUAUGCAGCAUAAAGUAGCCAAGAGGAUGCCAUCGGAACCAAGUAUUAAAAGAAGCGCAUAGACAUACCAGCGAUAUGUAAUAUCUCAUGUAUAUAUAUAUAUAUGUAUAUAUAUAUGCAUACAUAUACAAACACUUCAUGCAAACAGAAGAAAGUCGUAUAUUAAUAUAUAGACAUGCUGUUAUUGUAAAAUAUAUACUGCAAAUACAUUAUAAAUAAUAGAGAUGUCUUGUAUUUGAAAAGAAAAGUGCAUUAUUAUAAAUAAUCACAUAUAGGGGAGGGGUGGAAGGAGAGGAGGGGAUGGAGCAGUGGCGAGAUGCUGUGGUCUGAUCCCCAUGUUACACCACUGCACCCAUAUGUCUCGCAGUGAACAGCCAUUGCCACUUUACACUGCCCAGUCUAACCCCAGGUCCUGGGCAGCCAGCCUGUCACAUGCGCAGAGCUCCUCCUUCGAUUAUUGUAGACAAUCCGAACACCUGCCUUAACGUGUUUUUGACCUGCCAGUAUUAACUCUGGUUUCUACAUGUGAAAAUGAGAGCUAUGCCCUGCUGUGGCUGGCCUGUACUGUACAGCACAUUUAUAUUGUCAAAUCUUCGACUAAUGUUUACAGUGUACAAUACUGUGCUGAGAGUCCUUCGAGAAUUAUUUUUAAGUUUGACGGUAAAACAUGCACACGUGCUGUGUCUUGUGUUUGAGCCGUGUCACACCUUCCCCCACAACGGUCAGUAGGAGAGCUGCUCUCUGGGGCCUCAGACCCCCUCCACACACACGGCGAGUUUUACUCGUCCGUGUCCUUUGCUGGUGGUGGUGGGGGGGGUCUUUGUUUCCAUGGGAACCCCCUCAUGGUCAGGUGACAGCAGGAGUGCUCUUGGUCAUGUGACGCACAGGACGUCACAAGCUGCUAAGGGCUACACCCUAAACACUGCCCCACAGUUGGCUGCUACUCCUCCUUUUCAACUUUCAAAACGCACACACGCACACACACAUGCACACACACACACACAAAACAAUGAACCUGUGUUUCAACUGUAUUUUAUUGUAAUAGUUUAAAUCAAUAAAUGCAAUUUAGUAAAUCUA